UGCAAGUGAGGCCAUAGCGACGAUUUGCGCUUUAGCAAAGACUUGGCAACGGGUCGAGGGGGUCUUCUAGUUUCAUACCGACGGUUUGGAGAGGACGAUGAGCGCGAAAUCACACACCCAUAUUGGACGAAAGAACACGCGAUGGCGUCGUCGUCCUCAAUGGGCCUCGUUGCAAGUGCGACAUCCUCUGCUCUCCCCUGGGCGACAACGCCGGCUCAGGGCUCUCUUGACUCCGCAGGUGCCGGCAUCACUGGAGGCUACACCGGUGGCUCCCUCCCUUUGCAGAUUACCAUCGCUUUUCUUAUUGGGCUCGCAUUGUAUAAUGCCCUCGAGCUCAUUGUCCUUGCCUUCGUAACCUUCCAACGAUACCGUGGGUUGUACUUUUGGAGCCUCGUCAUAUCUGCAUUCGGCAUCAUACCGUAUUCACUAGGUUUCCUAAUCAAGUUCUUCCAGCUGUUGGAUCCGAAUAAAGAUGUUGGAUAUGUUGCUGUUUUCUUCCUCUCGAUUGGGUGGUAUCCCAUGGUGACCGGUCAGUCAAUCGUCCUCUGGUCACGUCUGCACCUCGUUACGAACUCGCGCCGCGUCCUUCGCUGGAGCCUGUACAUGAUCGUCACCAAUGGAAUAGUCCUACACUCCGUCACUACCGUCCUCACAUUCGGCUCGAACUCGAACACUCUUUCUCGCACAACGCUGGGACAUUUUGUAAAGGGAUACUCGAUCAUGGAGAAGAUACAAAUGGUCGGGUUCUUCGUUCAAGAAGUCAUAUUGUCCAUUAUCUAUAUCCGCGAGACUGUUCGAUUGCUCCGGCUCGCAGAAAGCGUGCAGGAUGAUGUAUGCAGUUUUGAUAAUGGAACGGGGACAGGGAAUCUAAGAAAUGCGAGUGUGCGGAAGACAAUGUAUCAGCUCCUCGCCAUCAACGUUAUCAUAAUCACCAUGGAUUUGGCGCUGCUAGCGGUUGAAUUCGCAAACCUGUACCUGAUCGAGACGACACUAAAAGGGGUGGUCUACUCCAUCAAACUAAAACUCGAAUUCGCUGUACUAGGAAAAUUGGUUCAACUUGUGCGCGACCGCACAAGCUCGAACAACACAUCCGAUCCCCACCGGCGCCGUAGUCCAGAGCGCAGAGCGCCGUCCACGGGUUUGACGCUCGAGAAGACGGACACUGGUGGGACCAGCAGAGGGGGUGAGCGCAUGAACGGUAGUGCACUUGGCUAUGAUUUUGGGAAUCAGCAAUUGCCGGAUUUUGUGGAUCCGAGGAAUGUCCACGCUGAUUUUACACAUGCGGAGGCUGUGAGGGGAGACGAGGGGUGGGAAACUCGAAAGGGUGAGGAAGGCGAGAGGUGGCGGAGAAGGACGAGAGUGAACCGGGGAAGCUGGAUCGAUGAAGAGAUGGACAAGCAUCACAUUGGGUAAUCAAUGAAAUCUUCUUCUAUGACUACAACACAUCAUGGUCAAAACAAAUCCGCGACAGAUAACGAUGAAAGUUCCCGCAUGACAAAUCGACUAUACUACCACCAACGAUAACGGUUGAAAGUCAAAGACGCUAGCAUUUCCGCUAUUUCCAAAUUCUUACGUUCUGCCAGCUGUUUGUUGGGAUGACGGGCGCCUGCUUGCCCGACGGCUAUACCAUUAUAUGUCGAUCUUAAAACAUGG